AUGACGGACAAGUUGCCACACACUGGUCAAUACAGAAUAGAAGCAAUAGGAGCCUCGGGGGGGAAGGGGGGGUACGACAAGAACGGUGUUAUUAUGAACGGAGGAGGAAGGGAAAAAGUGAUUGGAAACUUUAUUUUGACCAAAGACGAGAUCAUUCGUGUACUUGUUGGUCAAGAAGAGAAAAGAGGGCCUUUCAACCAAGAUACUUCUUCAGGUGGUGGAGGUACAUUUGUGGUGAAAGGAGGCCACAACACGCCUUUGAUAAUAGCUGGAGGUGGAGGGGGGAUUAGAAAGAUGUCAGAACAACAUCCAAGAUGUGAUACGUCCCUACACAACACAGGAAAUGCAGGAUACAACUCGCCAUUGGAGUCAGGAGGAAGAGACCGAAAUGAAGGAAAUACCAAUGGUCAAUAUUCAGUCCCUCUCGGUUCCAUUCCUGAGCUGCCUGCUGAUUCGUGUAAAGAGAUUAAGGCGAGUGAAAGAGGGCAAGCGGUCAGCGGUAAUUACUGGUUGGAUUCCACGGGAUCUGGGAACUCUAUUCCAGCUCACUGUGACAUGAAAACAGAAGUUGCAGACUUCUGCAUCAAACACCAGUGUAAAAACAAUGCAAAGUGUGUGAAUCGUCACGUUAACUACACUUGUGCGUGCAACUCAUCCUCGUGGACUGGAAACUAUUGCGAAAAAGGGUUUGAAGCUGUCUUUACAAAUCUUGGCGCCAGGGGAAAAAACGGUCCAGUGUCAAUUGGUAGUCACUACAAAGGUCAGUACCAUGACGGACAAGUUACCGUUUCCAGCGGUAUUCAAAUAUGGACUGUGCCACACACUGGUCAAUACAGAAUAGAGGCAAUAGGAGCUGCAGGGGGGUACGGUAAAGACAGCGAUAAGCGGUUUCGAGGCAGAGGGACUAGAAUUAUUGGAACUUUUGACUUGUCAAAAGGAGAAGUUGUCAAGAUACUUGUGGGUCAAGAGGGAUGGAUUGACUUGAGAUAUUCAAGUUCUGGAGGAGGAGGGGGCUCAUUUGUGCUGGCUAAAAACAACACACCUUUGGUAAUAGCUGGAGGUGGAGGCGGACUAAAAAGGGUCAAAUCAAGGCAUGAAGGAUGUGAUGCCAGUGCUAUAACAACGGGAAAUCCCGGACACAGGUCGUGGUCAGGGGGGAGCAAUGGACACGGCGCGCAGAUUGCUUAUGGUACUGCAGGUGGUGGUGGUGGUGGAUUUUUCUCCAAAGGAAGGAGUUCUAUUGAUUUUGGUGGAACCACUGGAGGGGGAGGAGAAGGGGGUGAAAGCUUUCUCAAUGGGGGAACAGGUGGGCGAGAUAUUCUCGUCGGAGGGUUUGGGGGAGGGGGUGGUGGUCUGGCAUUGAGUUAUCGUUAUACGGGUGGUGGUGGAGGGGGAGGCGGUGGUUACUCAGGGGGGAGUAGUGGAAGUGAUAUGGCUGACUCCUGUGGGGGAGGGGGAGGAUCGUACAAUGCUGGUAAAGAUCAACAAAACGAAUGUUGUUACAGAAAAGAUGGCCAUGGUGUGGUACUUAUUACCUUCCUGGGGUAAAAUGUCAUCAGGAGUUUCACAUUUUGUGCGUGACUGCAAUUACAACUAGGGAACUGAACUGUAAAAUUAUAUUCUGUUGACUUUUACGCUGUGCGUAAAGCUUUGUAAGUUGCCACCUUAUUCAUUGCACUUUUGUCACCCUCUUGGUGAAACUUCUCAAUCGCAUGAGUGAAAUAGUCGCACUUUCUGAGCAAGUUUGUAUCAUUGCAAUUAGACUGUAGGCUGAGAUUAGUACGACAGUAUAUCUAAGCAUUUAGAAUUCGCGCUCUGAGUCAAAUUACAGCGGGUGGGAGUGUUCGCUCCUCGUAACCAGCAUAGGGGGGGAGGGAAGUAUUUUCUGGCAAUGUGAACGCUGAACACUUCGGUUUAGAACUGAAGCUCCCAUAAUGGAUGUGUGAGAUCGCGGUACUUCUGCGGGGAACAAACAAUGAGACGGGAGGAAGAACCAAAGAAAAAUAUAAAAGAAGCAAUUCUCAAUGUCAGAGCCCUUCCUCUUCAUUAGUUAGUUAGUUUCAUUGCCACCUUCUUGGUACAAUGUUUUACUCGCUCUAAGCUUUCAACGAUCUACCGAUCGAUCCAAUAUGGCCGCUCAGUUGUACAUUCGGUCUAAGCUCACCGUCCUUGGUCCUUAGCUUCAAACUUCAGUCAAAUAAACAGACUUUGGAAUCUUCAAACUAGGCCGUAGAAACAAGAAGACUCGAUGAAAGAAGCCAAGGUUUACUGAAGGAACAAGAUUCUCAGCUUUUGAAAGUGGUUAUCUCACGCGUGAAAAUAGUCGUAAAUAUAACUGCUUAUAACACGAAUGUAUCCUGUUUUUUUGCUGAUACACUCUUUUUAUAGAUGAUCGUUAUCGUAACCUUCAGCAAGAGAACACCAGUGCAUGGGAUCUUAGCAAUCGUGUUGGUAGCUGUAUAUAUACGUGUACUCUCGUGCAUCCAAGUCAGCCUCAAGUCUCCUUCGCAGACGUAUUUUGGAUGUCUAUCUCUGGGUUAAGCGUUGCAUGACAUCCUCAGGCUAAAGAACGGCUACGAAGCAGAGUUUACACACGUCUUUAGAUAAAAGACUGAACCUAUUUAUUUCCUUUUUAUAGCUCAAUUAUUGACAGUUAAAGAAACCUUUGAGUAACUCAGCCAAUGUUUACUGUAAACUUUAACUUAAUCGACU